CGUGGUUGAUCAAGUACGUAAGUUAUGAGUAGUGAGCUCAAAUGCACUUUAAAAAAAACAAGGAGACUAUAAAUUCUUCUUUUCGUUCAUCUUUAAAUGGCCAUCCUAGUCUCUAGUGCCAAGGUUGCUGUUCUUCGCAGAUCCUCCAGGACUCCAUAGUUUUGGGUCUGCCUGUGGUCCAAUAUUUCUUUCUAAGCUUGUAGAUAGUUAAGGUCCUUCACUUUUAUUCGUCUAACUUUGUUGAGUUAACGUAACUGGAACAUGCUAUGACAAUCUACAGCCUGUGACCCUUGGGCUUCUAGAACCUGCGCACUGGAUCAGCGCUCUGAGAUAAGACGGCGUUAUCUUUGCUUGGUUCAUUUUUGUUGACUUAUGACUGGUGCUGUGUCAUUUUGAGGAAACGAAGCUUCGUCGACGCUUCGAAGAGUGAGAUCCCGAUUCUUGCUAUUCAAAUACUACUUCCUCAGACAAAAAGGAUGAUGAUGUUUAUUCCGACACCCAGCUGCGGCAGCUUGUGUCUGACGACCUUCAUCGUUUUGUUGACGGGGUCAGUGUCACAAGUGACGUCACGGAUCGACAAGUUCAAGGCCGCCGUGUACGAGCACGCAGUGGUGUUGCCUGACACAAAGGUCGUGGUGAGCAGGGCGGAAGCUUUGGCUGCUAUGGAGAUGAACCUCGUGACCUACUGGGAGCAGACUGCAAAAGCCAAAGAGCAGGAGAUUCGGGCUCUUCGUUUGCUUCGAUGUUCUGUUCCUUGAGCCCGCAGUUACUAUGGUAACCCAGCAUAACGUGACCAACAUCGUCUUCCCCACGGCCUGGAUGGACGCACUGCCCUUGCUGUCGGCCAUUGGCUUCCACUCCUCCUUCGCCCGCGGUCUGGGCGUGAACUUUCUGUCCUCCAAUCUCCACCUCCCAGACCGACGCUUUCACGGCAGCGGCAUCUACUCCCCCGAGGGCGUGAAGGAAUUUUACUACAACAGCUCCCACACGUCUCCGGGGAAACUUCUCGUGGCAGAACUCAACGUUCUUCUCACGCGCAACCCUCAGGGUGGGGUGGACGUUUCAGAAUUAAGUUCGGCAGCGAGUCUGGACUCUCAGAAAACUGGCGGAGAGACGGCAAAUGGGAGCAAUGCUGUUGUAGAAGAUUCGGGAAGCUCCAACUCAGAGGAGUUUCAGUCCCUGCUCUUUGAUGAUUCGUUCACGUUCAAAGCUCUGGAAGAAGACUCGGCUAACGUGUCUGUGUGUCAGAACAAGGUCUGUUGUCAUCUCAGCUACUCUAAAGAGAAUCUCGGAGGAGCGUCACCAGACGAUCUCUUUGCGCUCGGCGCUUUCGACGGGCUGCAUACUAAAGAAGGUCAGUACUACCUGCAGAUCUGUGCCCUGGUCAAGUGUUCUGACGCCGGGGAUCGCAAGUCGUGCGGGAACGUCACCUCAGUGUCGGACACAAUCUUCCACCAGCUGGACCUCCAUGGGGACUUCCAGACUCCGUUUGUCUACCCUCAGCUGAUUCUGAACUCGGCCUCAUCACGUGACAACCUGGCACUGGCCCCUCAAGACUCCUGGAGCUCCCAGCAUGGCGCAAUGUUCCUCAGACCUGGUCUCAGGGAUCCUGUACUUUCGGCUGCUCUGUUCGGGAGGGCGUAUGACAGAGAUGACGGUCAGGCGAAGUGCGCAGGCGCGAAAUGCGGUGGUGUCAAAGGCCCCGGAGAUAGUGCCAACCCAAAUGUUAAGGGAGGGUAUUUGACAACGUUCUUGACUUUGACAGUCCUCUUGUUUACUUUGUUCUAGCUUUUCGUGUGUGUACUACUAGCAAAGCAUGAUGCAAUCGGGUUUUUCCUUUUUUCAUGUAAUCUAUACAUAUUAUAUUUGUGAAAGUUCGUCACUUUCGCAGCCUAAAACUUCCGAACCAUUUAACUUUUAAAUCUGACAAAAAUUAAUGGUGGUUCAGAAUCAUUUAGAGGGUGCACAGAUUUAUUGAGAAGCCUGAAGUCACUGUAGUUUAAUUUUCAGCGUUUCAUUAGUUUCGUUUAGAUCUAAUCUUGGGAAAGUCCAUCU